CGUAGUCUCUGUGUUUCGUUAUAAACAACAGAUUAUCAAUAUCUCUUCAUGAACUCCUGCUACGUCUACUUGCGCCAGCACCCAUCUCUGAAAACGUAUUCCGUUGUUCCAUCAUAGUAGUUUUGGGAAGUAUAUUGCUAAAUCCACGGAUCAGCCAGCUCACAGGCCACGAGUUCGAUCGCCUCUACAGUUGGUUCACACCUUCAGUUACGUACACUCCUCUGUCCCAUGAUCCAAGACGUGCGCCUGCAAAUUCGCGAGUUUGCUGCGCCAGUUGCGCAAAAACUGGGCAUCGGCAAGAUAUCCGACUUUGCCGAUGUUAUCUUGCUCUCCUUCGUGUUCUUUACUACUGUGCACAAUAGUCUCUCACCCGCCGUAAGCAGUGCGCUUUUUCCUGUGUCAUAUGGGAAAGCAGGAAAGAGAACGAGGAACAACUGGGAUAUACGUGUGGCAUCGCUCGUCCAUGCUAUCUUAAUUGUAUUUCUUGCCGGGCGCUGUCUCAAUCUUCCGAGCCUUGACCAAAAUCGCGCCUUUGGUUGGCAUGAAGAUGCAGGGUUUCUAAUAGCUAUUGCAACGGGUUACUUUAUAUGGGACACAUUGGAAUCGAUCAUCCAUUUCAGUGACGUUGGAUUCGUUUUCCAUGGCAUUUCGUGCCUUCUGAUAUACGGCCUUUCAUUUACGCCCUUUGUUCCUUACUAUGCAGUACGUUUCUUGUUUUGGGAGUUGAGCACUGUAUUCUUGAACAUCCAUUGGUUUUUGGACAAGACAGGAAAAACAGGCAGUGCCCUUCAGCUCGUCAAUGGUAUUGUCCUCAUUACGACCUUCUUUUGUGCACGCUGCAUCUGGGGCGCAAUGAUGUCGUAUGACUUUUUCAUGACUUUGGAUAGCGUAUACGACCAAGUUUUGACACCAUACCUCAUCAUUUAUGGGGGCGGCAAUGUCUUACUCCAAGCGCUUAACUGGUUCUGGUUCACCAAGAUGAUAACUGCGCUUGUGAAAAGGUUUCAGGGAAAACCCAAUGGUCACAAGGUCGUGAACGGAAAAACUAAGAAAUAACCAU